CUUGUAAUGGCGACUAGUCUGCUGGCUUCCCACAUUGUCCCAAACUCAGCUAUUCUGUAUUAGAAUUCAUCCAGUGGCAGAGGCUGCCACCGGUUCUAAUAGCCCCUAGGCCUACAUGGUGUCUGUGUCUCUCCCUGCAAAGCCAGACGAAAGCCUUUUGUCUAUCUCCUCUCCUCCUCUUCCUCCUGGGACCUGGAAAAACCACCUCUAUGUCUUUGCCCAAUGAUUAAGCUUCUGCCGUCUUUAUUUACCCAAUCAAGAAACAAUUAGGGAUUCUCUGCCUACACAUGAGACCUUGGAGUCUCUAAAGCCAGACAGAAACCCAGGAAGGAGCAGAGCUCCUCGUGUGCCAACAAAACAGGAAGAGAUGCUCCUCCGCCCACAAAGCUGUCAUCGCUGUCAUCUGAAAGCUGUCCUUGUUAAGGAUCUGCUCAGCAAGAAGGAAACUGGAGGAGAGAAGAGGAGGUCCUCGUCAAGAAAACCAGGCUUCCUUCAGCAUCCCUGGGCCAGAAUCACAUUGACUGUGCUCUCCCCAGCAAUGACGUCUGCGACACUUCAGCUUGGGAGGCAGAAGAGGCUGUGGGCUCCCCUUCAGUUCCAUUAUUACAGAAGAGGAGAAACUGGGAAGCAACGAGUCUGCCAAAAUACAGAAGGAAUCUGAUUAAAAGAUAAUCCUCCUGGCCAAUGGACUGAGAUGUUCAUCACUGAAUUCCUCUACAGAGAAGAGCUAAAGAUGCACAGUUGUAUUCAGAGUGCCAACUCAACACAGUAAACGGGGAUACUUUUUUCGAAAGUUGACAGCACAGGGCAAGAAAACAAAGUGAAGCUGCUUCUUACCCUGUGUGUGUAUUUGUCAGAUCGUCUUGAAAUUUAACUAAGAAUAUGACAGCUCUUCCUUCAAAGAACUGCUCUUUUCAGUACCAGUCACAUCAGGCUCCGCGGUCCCUGGAUGCCACCUGUCUGCUGCUGUUGAUUAUACUUGGGAAAGUGUUGUUAAACGUCCUCAUCCUCAGAGUGAAAAGGAAAGACACCUCGUGGAGCUUUAUGGAGUACUUCUGCUUUUCACUAGCACUUGUUGAUCUCCUGCUGUUGGUAAACAUUUCUGUUCUGACCUACUUCAGGGACUUUGUAGUUCUAGGUAUUAGGUUUACUAACUACCACAUAUGUCUGCUCACACAGAUCGUUUCCUUCGCUUACGGCUUCUUGCAUUAUCCAGUUUGCUCCCUGGCUUGUAUAGACUACUGGUGUAAUCUGUCCAGAGCCACCAAGCCUUCAUCUAGGUGGCAAAAGUUACUUUAUUUGUUGACAGUCAUUUUAACUUGGAUCUCAGUCCUUGCUUAUGUUUUGGGUGAUCCAGCCAUCUCGGCAAGCCUAAAGACACACAAGACUUCUGUGAACCAAUGUCCCUCCUAUGUCAGCACUCAGAGUCACUGGCUAUCACUGUCUAUGUUGAUGAUUUUAUCUGUGGCCUUUCUGAUUUCAUGGCAAGAAGUUGUUGCCCUGAUACAGGCUAUCCGGAUAGCAUCCUACAAGAACAAGGCUGUCCUCUAUUUUCCUUUCCCACCCCAUACCAGUUACACUGUGAGCCCCAGAGCAGUGCUCUUGCCCAGGCUCAUUGUGUGCUUUCUUGGUACCUGGUUUCCCUUUGUAGCACUUCAGGUCCUCAUCCUCUCACUCAGAGUUCAGAUUCCAGCGUACAUAGAAAUGAACGUCCCCUGGCUGUACUUCGUCAACAGUUUUCUCAUUGCUGCAGUUUAUUGGUUUAACUGCCACAAGCUUUAUUGGAGAGACGGCAUGUUCCCUGUGGAUCCUUUCAUCAACUGGAAAUGCUGCUUUGUUCCGGUCCACAGACUUAAGCAAGUGGAGAGGCCCAUGUCUAUAAUCAUCUGUUAACAUGCUGCUGUGCUGACAGGAACCCCAGAAGCACCAAGAUCAAUCUUGUGGGGAUAAAGGUGGCUCAGGACAUUAACUGAAGCUCUUGUUCCCCUAACUUUUACCUUUUCAGCACAGCCUCCUGGGGUGGAUAUUAAAUAGUGCUAAGGACACAUUAACACAGCAGAAUCUUUAUACCUGCUUGUCAACAUUAAUAUAUCUGGUAUUAAUCCAAGAGUAAACUAAACACAUUAACAUGUGGCCAGCUUGAUGUUUUACUCUUAAAAAACUACUGGGUACAAAAUGUUAUAUAAAUUUGAAAUUCUAUUUGCCAACUUUAAGGUCUGAGCUUAAAUAUUUUAUAAACUUUAGAGCAAAAAUAAAAGACUUAACAUGA